ACCCCCAUUAUCAUCUUCUUGUGGUGCAGGAGGACUUGUUUCUCUCUCUUCUCUCUGAAACCCAACUCAUUUCCUCCUUCUCUCUCUACCCCAAUGCUGAGGAGGACCAAAAGCUCCUUCAAACUCGAUGGAGGGACGCCUAAGAGAAAUAAUUCCACUACGACAGGUUCUCGAAGCACUCCUGUUGGCCUUCGAAUCGUGAUCGAGAUUCCUCAGAGGGAGUCGGGAAUUGUCGAUAAAUCGAUGAUAAGGCCAAAAAUGUCUGAAAUUCCAGCAUCUUUUCCGGCAAACAUGCCGGAAUUGGGUUUUCUCCAAUCAUGUUCUAUGUGCAAGAAAAAACUCUCCCCAAAAAACGAUAUAUAUAUUUAUAGAGGAGAAAUGGGAUUUUGUAGUGUGGAGUGCCGGUGGCGACAAAUAUUCAUGGAUGAGAGAAGGGAGAGAUCAGUUUCUACCAUCUCCAAGGCUUCUUCCUCGAUGUAUUGCCGGAACGAUCGCAAAGCUCAUGUCUCUAAUCGUGAGAGAAGAUUAGAGGCCGCUGCGUAAUUUAAUUUCACAAAGACAAAUACAACAAAUCUCUCGAUCUAUAUCUCUAAUUAUAUGGCAUGAUCUCUCACUCUCAAAUUUAUAGCAAGAAAAACUCAUCUUCUAAAAUGAGGACUUUCGUGUCAGAUGACAUCUCUCUCUCUCACAAUCAAAAGGGUGCUCUCCAUCUAAAGUGACCACUUCUUGUAUCUCUCUCUCUCUCUAGAUCGGACAGCUCUACUGUCUCUUACCCUCAAGCAAAAGGACACUGUCCCCCUAAAUGGAUCACUACCAUGUGAGAUCUCUCGCUGCUGUGUAAGGUGGCCCAAAUUUACUGUAAAAUGUAUAAAGAGGUUGGCGGAAUGACUGGUAACAAAGCGAGGAAGUACGCAGAUGAACGGCUAUAAAUCAUCUUGUAUUUUGUAUUUUUUUUUUUUUUAACAUUAACACAAGAUAU